GUUAGGGAGCUGGGUUUCUCGUUCGAGCUGUUUCGCUCAUCAGCAUCCCAAAGUCCUUCUCCGUCGAGCUGCUUCGCUCGCUCCUCCGCAUCCCAAAGCCCUUCUUCUCUUCUUCUUGUCCGAACCCUCCGCAUCCCUGCUUCGCUCCGCCGUGAUGAUCGCUAUCUCUUAAGAAACUGUCACAAUGCAGACAAUCUUUUGCUUACAGCAAAUCAGGAGUCUGUAAAACUUGCAGAUUUCGGUCUUGCAAGAGAAGAAUCAGUGACUGAGAUGAUGACUGCCGAAACAGGAACUUACCGAUGGAUGGCACCAGAGUUGUACAGUACCGUAACAUUGCGCCAGGGAGAGAAAAAGCACUAUAACAACAAGGUUGAUGUGUAUAGCUUUGGGAUUGUUUUGUGGGAGCUACUAACAAAUCGCAUGCCUUUUGAAGGAAUGUCUAAUUUACAAGCUGCUUAUGCUGCUGCCUUCAAGCAAGAGAGGCCGAGAAUUCCAGAUGACAUAUCCCCCGAUCUUGCUUUCUUCAUACAAUCAUGUUGGGUUGAAGAUCAUAACUUGAGACCAAGCUUUAGUCAAAUCAUCCGGAUGCUCAAUGCAUUUCUCUUCACACUCUCGCCACAAUCUCUUCCUCCCUUGCCAGAACCCGACAAUGAACCUGAGGCGGCAACAAGUAGUAAUGGUACCAUUACCGAGUUUUCUGCCCGGAACAAAGGAAAGUUUGCUUUUCUUCGCCAAUUGUUUUCUUUGAAAAGGUUAAAAAACUAACAGUAAGUGCUAAACCUUAUUACCAUUCCCUUUUGUUGUAGAUGACAAGAGUUGCCAUGUUACAGUAUAUAAAGUUUAGUGCAUUCAGGAGUAACCAACCUCUAAGGCUGGUUUGACACUCUUGAAAAGCCUAAUGUUAAUUACCAGAAAUGGGUUGCCAAAAAAGAAUCCAGCUUGGGAGAUUUCCUCA